AUGAAGAAAUCGGAGCUGGUUUUUGUCCCUUCACCAGGUGUUGGUCACCUUGUACCAGCAGUGGAGAUUGCAAAACUCAUGGUUAACCGUGAUGACAGACUCUCCAUAACUGUUCUUGUCAUGAAACAUCCACCGUUAGACACCAAGAUAAACGAGUAUAUCAAAUCAGUCUCUGCCUCGAUAUCCGAUCAUAUCCGCUUCGUUUACCUUCCUAGUGAGGAGCAAACUAAUUCUGGCAUCAACUUCCUUAGUUUAUUCAUUGAGAGCCAGAAACCCCAUGUUAAAAAUGUUGUCUCCAAGCUUGUUCAGUCUGAAUCAAGCUCUGAGUCGCCUCAACUUGCUGGAUUUGUUGUUGGCAUGUUUUGUACAACAAUGAUAGACGUGGCAGACGAAUUUGGUGUUCCUUCAUAUAUUUUCUUCGCAUCAAGUGCAGUUGCUCUCAGUCUUAUGCUUUAUAUGCAGGCUCUUAAUGACGAGAAGAACGUGGACACUACCGAGUUUAAGGACUCAGAUGCUGAGUUCAUGUUGCCGGGCAUCAUUAACCCCGUUCCUGCAAAGGUUUUGCCUUCUGUAGUGUUUAAUAAAGACUGGCAUCCUAUUUACUUCGGCAAUGCAAGAAGGUUUAAAGAAGCAGAAGGUAUUAUGAUAAAUACAUUUUUGGAGCUUGAAUCCCAUGUGAUCAACGUCUUUUCUGAUGGCAAAACCCCUCCUUUGUAUCCCAUUGGUCCUAUUUUGAAUCUUAAAGGCGAUGGCCAUGAUGUGGGUUCAGCUGAGACCAACAAAAACAAGGACAUCAUGGAAUGGCUUGAUGGUCAACCUCCAUCAUCAGUGGUUUUCCUAUGCUUCGGGAGCAUGGGAAGCUUUGGGGAGGAACAAGUAAAAGAGAUUGCAUGUGCGUUGGAGCAAAGUGGGUACAGGUUCUUGUGGUCUCUGCGUCAACCUCCACCGAAGGGUAAGAUGGGAUUCCCCAGUGAUUAUGCCAGUCCAGAGGAAGCCUUGCCCAUCGGAUUCUUAGAUCGGAUGGCUGAGAUUGGAAAGGUUAUUGGUUGGGCUCCACAAGUGGCCAUUUUAUCUCAUCCAGCUAUUGGCGGUUUCGUAUCACAUUGUGGGUGGAAUUCAAUACUAGAGAGCCUAUGGUUUGGGGUUCCAAUUGCUGCGUGGCCAUUGUUUUCAGAGCAACAACUAAAUGCCUUCGAGAUGAUGAUUGAACUAGGAUUAGCAGUGGAGAUUAAGAUGGAUUAUAGGAAAGAUUUUAGGGCUGAGAAUGAAAUGGUUGUGAGUGGUGAUAUUAUAGAGAAAGGAAUAAGGAGUGUUAUGGAGCAGGAUAGCGAAAUAAGAAAGAAGGUGAAGGCCAUGAGUGAAGUGAGCAAGAAGGCUUUGCUAGAUGGUGGAUCUUCACACUCUUCCAUCGGUCGCCUAAUUGAAGAUGUGCUGAACCACAUGAAAUGA